AUGAGGUGGCACCAUGUAACAUUUCUCCGCAAGAGGUCACCGGAACACCCUGAUGCCGUUCUCUACCACAUUACAGAUGCAAAUCUCGUCCAAUACCUCGAGAUGUUCGGGCCCAGUUCGCUGCCCGUGUGGGAAUACAAGUAUACCCCUUCUGGCGCCUACCGUCGGUCGUUCCUCUUCCCAUCUCUGCAGCCGGUCGCCAUCAUGUAUCAGAUAGGCAAUAUCUAUUUCAUCACAGCCAUCGCCGUGAUCGGCGGUGGUCUGUUUGGCUUCGAUAUCUCGUCGAUGUCUGCUAUCAUCGGCACGAACCAAUACAAAUGCUAUUUCAACCAGGGCCCUAAUGGACCUCCUCAGUGCUCCGGCCCGAGAUCCGACGUCCAGGGUGGCAUUACUGCUGCCAUGCCUGGAGGCUCAUUCAUUGGCGCUUUGGCAUCUGGAUUUUUGUCAGAUAUCUUUGGUCGAAAGAAGGCCAUCCAGAUCGGCGCCGUCAUCUGGUGCAUUGGUUCCAUCCUGGUCUGCGCUUCUCAGAACAUAGGCAUGCUCAUCGUGGGCCGUUUUAUCAAUGGAUUUAGCGUCGGUAUUUGUUCAGCUCAAGUUCCUGUCUAUGUGUCCGAAUUGGCGCCUCCUAGCAAGCGAGGAAGAGUGGUGGGAGCUCAACAAUGGGCAAUCACCUGGGGUAUUCUGAUCAUGUUCUACAUCAGCUACGGCUGCAGCUUUGUCUCCGGAGCGGCGGCGUUCCGCAUCCCGUGGGGUUUGCAAAUGAUUCCUGCCAUCAUUCUUUUCUUUGCAUUGUUCCUCCUUCCAGAAAGUCCCAGAUGGCUUGCACGCAAAGAUCGCUGGGAAGAUUGCCACAACGUUCUCGCCCUGGUGCAUGCAAAGGGCAACCGCGAGGCUCCCUUCGUCCUCCUCGAGCUCAACGAGAUCCGAGAGAUGUGUGAAUUUGAGCGAAGGAACGCCGAUGUUAGCUACCUUGAGCUCUUCAAACCAAAUAUGAUCAACCGAACGCACAUCGGUGUUUUCACUCAGAUCUGGUCUCAGCUUACCGGAAUGAACGUUAUGAUGUACUACAUCACCUACGUCUUUGGCAUGGCUGGUCUCUCCGGCAAUACCAACCUGGUGGCCUCGUCAAUCCAAUAUGUCAUCAACGUCCUCAUGACCAUCUUCGCACUCGUGUUUAUCGAUCGAUGGGGACGUCGCUGGCCCCUGAUCAUUGGCUCUACCUUCAUGGCCAUUUGGAUGUACGCCAAUGCUGGUUUGUUGGCCUCUUACGGUAAACCAGCACCUCCGGGAGGAGUCGACCACGUCUCAGAGGAGUCCUGGCAAAUCCACGGAGGUGCAGCCAAAGGUGUUAUUGCCUGCACAUAUUUGUUCGUGGCAUCAUUUGCACCGACUUGGGGACCUGUCUCGUGGAUCUAUCCGCCUGAGCUGUACCCUCUUCGCGUACGAGGCAAGGCCGUGGCCCUGACAACCUCUGCCAACUGGAUCUUCAACUUCGCGUUGUCGUACUUUGUUCCUCCGGCCUUUGUCAACAUUAAGUGGAAGGUCUACAUCAUCUUUGGCGUCUUCUGUACGGUCAUGACAAUCCACGUCUUCUUUUUCUUCCCUGAAACCGCCGGCAAGACGCUUGAAGAGGUCGAGGAGCUCUUUAUGAGCGACGUCAAACCAUGGAAUACCCACGUCAACUACCAGAACAUCAAGAGGGAGGAGCGAGGUGAAGUCGAUACUGAGAAGCGACUGAGCUACGCUGUUCACCGGGAACGUGGUCACAGCGAUCAUACUGAGCAUACUGAGGUCGGUCAGCAAACUCAGGAGAUUGCAAAGAGCGAGGCUGCAUGAUUCAAUUGCACCCAUACAACACCGACAACCGGGUCGAUCAGUCCCCGCCACUUCCUCUGACGUGAGGAUGCCCGAUUACAACAGCUUUGAAACAAACAGAUGGGUUUUGAUAUGAAGCAGAAGCGCGGUUGUUAUCG